CGUUGCUCCACAUUGAUUGGUCGUAGAGAAAAUAUGGCGCCGUCCGCGUAAUUGUGAAAACAUCAUGAAAAAAACUUAAAUCUGGUGUUUCACAGGGCAGAGUGUGUUUGACGCUUUCAUAUUUCACAACGUCUACAACAUGCCUGCCUUCCGGCAAGUGGGAGAGAAGCAGCUUCCUAACCCAGUGCUGUGUAUGGCAUGGUCCCCCAAAAGGGAUCUUAUUGCUCUGGCCAACACGACUGGAGAGUUGCUGCUACACCGCUUGAAUAGUUUCCAGCGAGUUUGGAGCUUACCACCCAGUGAGUACACUGGGAAGGAGAUCACUGCACUUGCCUGGCGACCUGAUGGCAAAAUACUGGCCUUCAGCCUCGGAGACACCAAGCAGGUGGUCCUGUGUGGUGUUGAGAAAGCAGAGAUCCUCCACGUGUUUCCAAUGCAGAACCCUGUGACCUGCAUGCACUGGAUGGAGGUGGUGGAGGAGAGCAGUGCCCUCAGCUCCUUCUAUAACUCAGAGGAUGAAUCCAAACUUUUUCUUCCCAAAUUACCAACACUCCCCAAGAGCUAUAGCACGACUUCAAAGAUCUUUAGUGAGGAAAAGUCUGAUGAGAUAAUGAAUCUGCUGGGAGAAGUCAGGCUGAACAUACUUGUUCUUGGAGGAGAUGCUGGCUUUGUGGAGCUUUAUGCCUACGGGAUGUACAAGAUUGCUACUUUAACAGGGCCCUGAACUACAAGCUCUUCUGAUGAACCAGCUGACCGUCAAGGGCCUGAAGAAGCUCGGCCAGUCCAUUGAGUCCUCUUACUCCAGCAUCCAGAAGCUGGUGAUCAGCCACCUGCAGAGCGGCUCGGAGGCUCUGUUGUAUCACCUCAGUGAGGUGAAAGGCAUGUCCCUUUGGAAGCAGAAGUUUGAGCCCCUCGGUCUGGAUUCAGCAGCUAUAGAAGGUGCUAUCACCGCUGUGGGUUCAUUCUCUCUGAAAGCCAAUGAACUUCUGCAGGUGAUUGACAAGAGUAUGAAAAACUUUAAGGCCUUUUUUCGGUGGUUGUAUGUCGCUAUGCUAAGAAUGUGUGAGGAGCAUAUACCACCAGAGCUCAACAAGAUGACUCAGAAGGACAUUGCCUUUGUUGCUGACUUCCUGUCUGAGCAUUUCAGUGAGAAUGAAGAACUCUUUGAUCGUAAAGGGAAGUACUUCAACGUAGAACGAGUUGGUCAGUACCUGAAGGACGAAGAUGAGGACCUUGUGUCUCCGCCCAACACAAAAGGAAAUCAGUGGCUGACAUUUUUACAGGAGAGCACGCACCUGAAGGAGAGCCCUUUGCUGUUUCCUUCUUAUCCCCGAAAGUCGUUGCACUUCGUCAAGAGGAUGAUGGAGAAUGUGAUUGAGCAGUGUCUCCAGAAACCUGCUGAAGUGAUUGGGAAGUCUGUAAAACAGGCAGUCUUUUUGCCCCUGUACACCGUGCCAGAGAGCUCUGAAAACACUCCACGACUUUUUGAACUUCCAUCUUUAUGGAAUGACAAGAAAGCCCAAAUGCACUAUGUUUUGUUCUGUAUGCCAGAGAUUUCACCCUGCAAGCUCUACCUAUUGCGCAAAGGAACAGACCCAAACAGACAUAUCCCUAACAGCGUAAUGUCCAUUGACCUCAGCCACCAUCUUGACAAUGCAGAGGAUGAUAACGCUGCAGCCCAGUCUAAUUAUGUAUAUAGCUGCCUGGAUGCUCGUUUCUAUGACGAUGAAAUGCUAACUGUGGUCUUGCAAGGAUCAGAAGAAGAGAACAGGAGGCGUGUCCUGGCUCAGGUUCCUCUUGCUUCCACCCUGAGCUGUGAGACAGAAUUCAACUGGGAGCCCAACCUGAGGUUGGACCAGCAGAGCAGUGCCAUCCCGUGCCAAGAACUGGUGUUGGGGAAUCAGUGGCGUGAACUGGAAAGCAUGAAGGCCCAGUUUGUAGCGGUCAAUGGAAUCCGCAAAGUGGCCUGUGUGCUAAGUGCCAAUCUGAGGCACAUUCGCGUUUUUGAGAUGGAUGUAGAAGAUGAAGAUGACGAGGGAGCAGAGUCGCAGAACGCCAGCGCUGACCAGGACGGGCUGGAAACUUCUAUGACCAGCCAGGGGCAGGGAGAGGAGAGUGUGGAGGCUGAAGAUGAGGCUGGAGAGCCAAGAGGAGCAGUGUUUCAAAAAACUGAGGAGCAUCUGGAGUCAGAGGAAGCCUUGGAACUCUCUUAAAACUGACGCUCUGAAAAAUAAGACUUUGCUCAUUGCAAAAUGUUUUUUUUUUUUUUUUACAUCCUUCUGAAACAUGUUUAACAUUUCAAUAUGAAAAUAAAAAGGCUUGUGCUCAA